GGAAUCAUAACCACUGAAUUUUGACAGAAUGCUUCAUUUUUCAUUCAGCCAUUACAAUUUAUAAUUAUUAACAAUUUUGAUCAAAAGUGCUUAGUUGAAUUUUCACUGAAAAUUUAAUUUUUAAAUAACCUAACCUAUUUUUGUAAAAAGUAAUACAUAAAAAUAAAAGUGAUUUGUGAGAAUAUGCUCCACAAAGCAAAAAAUUCGAAACAGUUGAAUAAUUCGACCGCAGUUGGCAUAUUUAACCAAAAUUAAGGCUUUAUUUGCAUUGAAAUGCAUAUGCAAUAAUACAUUUGCAACUCAAUUUCUUCCGAAAAUAGAAAAGUGGGAGUAAAAAAAACUCAAAAAUGCAUUUUUGUUAAUUGGCGAAAACUCUUAAGCCUCAACCAAAAUCUCGUUUCCUUCCUGGCCAGGUAGAUACAAAUUCUGAAAAAAUGGAUUUAAAACUAUACAGGAAACAUCGAGAGAAUGUUGUUUAUGUGCAGCCACGAAUUGACAAUAAACCACCAAAAUUCUCCCUUGAUGUUUAUUACAAUGAAGACAAAUUGAAAGAAAUCGCAACUCGAGUUAAACUUUUAGAUGAUAAAAACAUGGACCUUUUAAAAAAACUAAAUAUAGUUCGUCGUUCGUCAGUUUGUAUUCUGAAAAAUCCAAAAACAGACUCAUGGAAUAAAUUGGUCCCAAUAUAUGAAGAUAAAUUGAAAGAUAGAUUAAAAGAUCACAAACACAUUUUAGAAGUCAAUAAAGAAAUGUUGAUCAGAAUUAAACAAGUUGAUUCUAAAUAUUCUAGAGCAAAGAUUUUAAAGGACUGGGAAAAGAACAAAGCCCUUUUGGAAAAAAAGUCCAAAUACCCAAAUCCCUUGAGGGAAACAGAUGGAACACAAUUUUCAAUAAUAAAAGAACCAUCGAAAAUUGAAGAUCCCAAACUUCGAACAAAGUGCUUCUUUGAUGUUCAAGUCCUAGAAACCAAACAAAACUUGGGCAGAAUCGUUUUUGAACUUUAUUCCGAUUAUGUUCCUCGAACGUGCGCCAACUUCGAAGAAUUGUGUCGAGGCACAAAUGGCCAUUCCUACAAGGGAACAGAAUUUUAUCGAAUUCUUUCUGGUUAUUGGUGUCAAGGAGGAGACGUUACAAAAAUAAAUGGAACUGGGGGUUCAUCGAUUUAUGGUGACAAUUUUGAGGAUGAAAAUUUUACUUUAAAACACGCUGGUCGAGGGGUCAUUUCCAUGUGGAGAGAUGGAAAAAAUACGAAUAAUUCUAAAUUUAAUAUAACUUUCCGAAAACUUGAAACUAUAGAUGGGAAGAGAGUUGUUUUUGGAAAAAUUGUUCGCGGAUUAAAAAAUCUGUCGCAAAUUGAGGAGCAUGGAACAGAAAGUGGUCAAGUUUUGAAACGUGUUAUCGUUGCAAAUUGUGGAAUUCUUAAAAACAACAAUGAAAAUUGAAGUAAAUGUAAUGUAAAUGCGCAUAGUAUAGUAAGUCUGAUGGCAAAUCACUCCUUCCAGUUGUGGUUAGUAUUUUUAAAAAGAGUCACGUUUACUCACGUUUUGAAGAUUUUGUUCCUUCUACCACAU